GAGGUGCCCCAAGAGCACUUGAGCUCCCUGAGGAAAGGGCGUGAGGAAGCCAAAGCUGAGAGGGAGAGACAGAGCGAGGACUUGCUGAAACAAACAGAAGUGGAGAGGCAGAAGAUAGUGGCCGCGUGCAAGGAGCUCCGGGGCUUCCUGGAGGAGAAGGAGCAGCUCCUGUUAUCCCGCCUGGAAGACCUGGACAAAGACAUCCUCAGGAGGAGGGAGGAGAGCGUGUCCCGGCUCUCCGAGGAGAUCGCCCAGCUCGACAAGCUGCUGGCUGAGCAGGGGGCAGAGCACAGCCCAGGCAGCCAGCCCGGGCAGGUGAGCUCCAUGGGAUGCAUCUUUGAGAGCUGGAUGUUCUGCAAGCCCGAGGCUGGUUUCACAGAGCUGGAGAAGAAGCUCAAGAGCUUCUCCCAGAAGAGUGCAGUGCUGAAGGAGGUCCUGCUGGAGUUCAAGGAGAACCUCAGGUUCGAGCUGGAGAAUGACACAGGUGAUCUCUCUCUGGACCCAGACACGGCCAACCCUUACCUGGUGCUCUCGGAGGACAAGAGGAGCGUGAGGCUCCGGAGCGCGCCCCAGGAGCUGCCAGCAAAUCCCAAGAGAUUCGAUUAUUCCUUCUGUGUGCUGGCAGCUGAGGGGUUCGUGGCUGGGAGGCACUACUGGGAGGUGGAGGUGGGAGACGGAGAGAGCUGGGUGCUGGGGGCAGCGCGCGAGUCCGUGAGGAGGAAGGAGAAGAUCGACUUUGCUCCCGAGGAGGGGAUCUGGGCGGUGGGAUUGAACUGGAAAGGGAAGAACUGGGAUCAGUACCAGGCGUUCACCUCCCCAGAGACGCCCCUGUCCCUGUGUGAGAGGCCCAGGAAGAUCGGGGUGUACCUGGACUAUGAGGGGGGGUGGGUGGCGUUCUACAACGCCGACAACAUGGCUCCGAUCUUCACCUUCACCGCUGCGUUCACCGAGAAGAUCUUCCCCUUCUUCUGGCUCUUCUAUGUGGGCUCCUCCCUCUCCCUCUGCAACUGA